UUUUCACCAAGUACCUGUCAUCAAUAUCUCUUCGCAAAAAGGACCUGCGUUGCCAACACGCUACCAAUGCUAUCAGAUCUCUACAAACUAUUUUGGUCCCGACGGCUUCCCUGUCCCCAGUCUCGAACCAAAGAUCUUCAAGCCAAAUUUGUUUUUCCAAGUUUCUUCUUCCUCUACGAACCACACUUUGAAACUUAGCCACUUGCGUCCCUUCACUUACAGAAAUUCAAAGGCUUGAAAUCGAAUGCCAUGUGCUUUCCUUAUUUCACAGUAAUGCCUUGCCAUUCAGCCACCCCGCCAUUAUACUCGCACCAUCACUCCAUCCCGAUGCCAUGGCACCGGCGGUGUGAUAUGGCUGGCAAAAGGCCAAUGACAACCUUUUUACUAAAUUCGAGGACAAGCCCCCACAAAAGCCACAGUUAUUCGGGUCUCACUGAUACAAUGCCCUCUGUAUUCGGGCUUGUUCAAAGCAUAACUGGGCUUGUUGGGGGACGGUUGGAAUCAGAUAGAUCAUUGAUGAUUGUUUUUUUCUUUAUUUAUGGAGGAUUGUCGAUAUCGUCAUCCUCGUUAUGAUAUCGACAUUUAGUACCCCACGGGCCCACCAGGAAAGACGACGGAAGGAGAUACCUCCGCUUCUCAGAUCUUUCUUGUAACGACGAUGACUCAGUCAACCCCAUGGGAACGAUAACGACCCUUUCUUUGAAAUGCCAUCGUUAGUUAUGUUGUUAUAUGAUCGAAGAGUCAACAUUACGACCGACAAUCAAGGACCUGUCGUUAAUAUCUCGGCAUGGUUUGGGAUGGUGGUCAUGAUUGCCUGUGUGUUUACACGUGUAGCGUCGAAGUUCAGUUUGCUACGGCGAUGGACUCGUGAUGAUAGUGUGAUUUUUGCUGCGAUGGUAUGGUGGUAUUCCUCAGGGUUAUAAUGAUGGUCCGUGUGUCUGAUGUUCUGGGUUUAGAUCUUUGCCAUUGGGUAUACUGUUAUGGUAUCUUUGAUGGUAUCCAACGGGCUGGGACAAGCUCAAGAGAAGCUUGAUUCAUUGAUGAUUGAGAGAUUCGAGAAGGUACGUUAAUGAUUUGACAACGUCUCAAGAGUUUCUUUCAGUAUGGACGAUUACUGAUACCGCAAACCAUUUAGUUCGGCUACUCCUCCGAACUCCUCUACAUCCCAGCCCUGUGCCUCGCAAAGCUAUCCACACUUUUAUAUCUAGGCGAACUAGCGCCAGGAGGUCGAUAUGCAACCUUCAAUCUAAUUCUGGAAGUGUUCAUCAUCUUGAUAGCCAUCAGUGCCGAAUUCGCAACCGCGCUCCAAUGUUCUCUUCCUCGACCAUGGGCUAUAUUAAAAGCCUCAACAUGCUUCAAUCGUGUGAGAAAACAUACUUCAGACCAGGGAGUAGAGGACUUCGCUAACAGGCCCAGCUUACAUUCUGGAACACCAUCGGGAUUCUAGAUAUCAGCACGGAUUUCAUCAUUGUCCUCUUGCCUGUAUACCUAGUCUGGCACCUCAAAAUGCCUAAACGAAAGAAAUUACUCGUAAUAUUCCUCUUCGGGGUUCGAAUCCUGUUUGUUUCCCCUCCCUAACAAUACAUAUCAUCCACCCACCAACAUAGCACUAACACCAACAACCCAAGAAUUAUCCCCCUAAGCACCUGGCGCCUCCACACCCUCAACACAUACAGCCGACCCUCCCAUCCUCCUCAAACCCCCUCAUACACAUACACAUCCUACCACAUCUACCUCAGCACCACGAUCCAACUCAACACCACCCUCUUCGCGGCCAGUUUCCCUUUCCUGAAACCCUUUUUGCAGGGUAUGUCCACAGGCAGCCUCUCGGGAACGAUCAAAGAGCUAGAACGGAGGAAUGAAGGCUCGGAGAAGGGGAGGGGGAGUGGCAGUGGGAUUGGGAGGUAUCUUAGUGGGUAUGGGAGGGGGAGGAGUGGGAGGAGGUUCCCCCCAGGGGAGGUAUUAGGAUGGAGAGUUUUGAGGAUUGGGAUGUGGUGGGUGAGGGUCUUGGGGAAGUGGAGGGGGGUCUGGAAGGAGAGAUGA